AUGCCUCAACAUGUCACAUACGCUGAAGUGACCAAAGUACCACGAUACGUCACAUACACUAACAUGCUCAAGUCCAGCUUCAAAAGACUGAGGUUGGCUUCGAGAAAUAUCCUAGCCUCGGUGAAAGCUGUCAUCUGCAAGAACUCGCUCCAAGUAGGACCAACCAUUAGGCCCACUGGCGAAGCUCCCGGUCGAAAUAAUGUUCAGAUUCUUCGCCAUCUACUUCCCCCGAAGAUCAACGUCCAAAUCUACAAUUGCGAUUGCAUCGGAUGGCUUUGGUGGGCUGUGGAUGGCUAUGACCGGCACGAGCGAGAAUUCGUCACAAACUUGCUACUCAUAUGCAAAGAUUUGAGUGCUUGUCUCGGACCGAUGAUGUUCUCACGUAUCGAGGUCACCGUCUUGCGUAGAUUAUGGGGCCACGACACCAUCGAUGAGGCUCGCACGCGGCGCCGGCGAACCUACGACAGGGCAGUCAGCAGUCUGCACCGAAGCUUGGUCGAGAAGUACGACCGUCGGGUGUGGGUCGAUGGCCCCGAUCGGGAUCGCGAGCUUGGCUUGUUCCGUGCCCGUGGUGGGAGAACUGCAGCGAGGAAGGACGAUGUCAUUGGAGGAGGGCAAGGAAGUGAUGAUAGUGGUAAGAUCAGCGACGAGCCCGGACUUGAGCCUGGCCUGGCCUGGCCGCAGCCCUUGUCCAUAGUCAUACCUACGUUCAAUCAAAUUUGGACGCCGUCGUAUCUGCCGGCCAAUGUCGAAGCGCUUGUGCGGCCGGACACUGCCAACAUUUAUGCUCCUGCCGCGCCUCCUCAGACGAGGAGGACGGGGAGCAAGGCGAAGAGGCUGAGCAAGAGCGAUCCCGUAGACACCACAGGCUUGGUCAUCACGUCGAGCUGGAGAUCGCGAGCGGAUGUAGCUUUGUAUACUCUCUCGGCAGCGACAAACGUCUGGCGCCGAUGGGCCACUAACGGCGAAGUAGCGAUACUAGCGAGAAUAGCAGCGAAGUAG